AACCCCUUUUCUCUCUCUGUCUGUCAUUCUCAUCCUCUGCUGUCUCCUCUCCAGGUUAUGGGACUCUGGUCCCGAUCACGGUCCCCGGGAGGGUUGCGUGUAUGGUGUACUCUGCGAUUGGCAUCCCGCUCAUGUUGCUGGUUCUGGCGGAUUUGGGUGGGAUUCUGGGACCGGCCCGGGACGCCUGUGAGCGAUGUUCUGAGCGCCGAUCCAAAGUCCCCGCCAAGUCCAGCACCGCGUCCACCCUGGACAGCCGCCUGUCCGUCAAGGAGCCCCUGAACCUGACGGAGGUGUUGCAGAGCCAGGCGGCGGUGCAGAGGCGCUACACGCAACUGCGCAACAUCGACAUCUUCGAACUGAUCAUCCGCCGGGAGAAUCGGAGCGCCCCGCCCCCCAGGAGCCCCUGGAAGAGGUGUCACUCCUGCCCCGAUCUGGACACCAAACCUUCAUCCCAAUCCGUCUUCUUCAACUUCGACAACCUGGGGGAGGAGGUGGACCAGCUGGACGUUCCGGUUCUUCUCAUCGUCCUCAUUGUGGUCACCUACCUCAUGCUGGGCGCGUUCAUCCUCCCGCUGUGGGAGGACUGGGACAUGCUGGAGGCCUUUUACUUCUGCUUCGUGACGCUGAGCACCAUUGGCUUCGGGGACGUCUUCCCCGCGCACCCCAACUACUUCCUGCUGCUGUCUCUCUACACCGUGGUCGGCAUGGCCAUCAUGUGCAUGGCCUUCAGACUGAUGCAGAACCGCAUGGUCUCCAUGUACAAGCAAUGCGUCAUCUGCGUCAGCAGAGGAAACGUCCAGUGA